AUGCUGAUGACACGUUUUAACGAAGCGCAAAUGAAUGGCAACUAUGCAUCCAACAACACACCAACUACAUCGCAACGUAUCGGACGACCUUUGCGACGACCACAGCUGCCGCAAAAACCUCAGUUAACUCCAAGAU